GAUGUGACGACGACGACGACACCGCUAUGCGUCCCGUGCGCAAUGUACUCUGCGCCAGACCAGAUACAGCCGAUACAGGUCGUAGCAGCCUCGCACACAGUUUCGUCCAGAUUGACGGCGCGCGCUCGUCCGCAUUCGUAUGCAUUUGACACUCGUGUUCUCGUAUAUCUCGUGUAUGCAUCGACGCCGAUUGCCGACCGCUAACGAGCUUGCGUCGAUGAUACUGAACGGCUAAUGCCACUUGUCGUAAGCACCGCUGGUCAAUGCUCAAUAGACUCGUGCAGCCGCGAUAGCGUUUGCUCCAGUUGACUGCUGUAAAGUAUACGAUAGUGUCACGGAGUAACAACACGUCGCUCGCUAUCACGGACGAGCUGUCGCAAGGUUAGGCGUACACGGUUCGCGCGGCGGAGCACGACGCGGAGCCCAGCGGAAUCGGUGUCCGCAAACUUAAGCGCGGCACUAAAUCGCUCCAACAGCGACAUGGACGGCAAGGUCGACGACGAGAAUCAGCGUGGUGUCAACGACGGCGACUGGGUCUGCCCUGACUCGCAAUGUGCCAAUAUAAAUUUCGCCAGACGCAACUCCUGCAAUCGCUGUGGAAAAGAUAGAGGUGAAUGUCCGAAAAAGAAAAAGUUGGGUCAGGAGAUUGGGAAAGCAGCCGCGGAAAAAAGUAGAGGCCUAUUUAGCGCGGACGACUGGCAAUGUAGCAAGUGUGGUAACGUAAAUUGGGCCCGCCGACAACAGUGUAACAUGUGCAACGCCCCGAAAUUCGGUGAGAUAGAGGAACGCACAGGAUACGGAGGUGGGUAUAACGACCGAGGGGUCGUCGAGUACAAGGAAAGGCGAGAUGAGGAUGACGAGUACGACGAGUUCGGACGGCGUAGGAAAAAGCGGAAAUUAGAGAAGAAUUCCGACGACGACUCGAAGGAUUCCAAGCAUAGCAGCCCGCGUAGUAAAUCCAGAGACAAGGAGGAAAGGAACGAAGAAGAGGAGCAAGAGGAAAAUGAGGAAGAGGAAGACGACGAGGAGGAAGAGGAGGAAGAUGGUGAUUUAUCUAAAUACGACCUUAGCGAAUGGGAUGACUUUGCACCAGCAAAAAAAAGUACAAACGGAAGUACUAUAUCUUCGGAAGCACAACGGUCAAGAAACGGAGAUGAUCGGCGCGAUUCAGGCACAUCCAACCAAUGAAGGGCUGUACAGAAGGACAGGUUUGACUUGGGUUUCGGGUAUAAAAUUGAUUAUGAUGAUCAGUUGCAGACAGCAUACAGUGUGAUGAAUUUUGCUAAAAUAAUGUAUAGUUCCAUAUCUUAAGACUUAAAGUAUAACCUGCUCUUUUAUUGCGAUAUUGUAUCUCAGUAUAUCGCGUAGACAUCGAGUAGAAAGAUUUAGCGUCGAUUUAGCUUUAGCAAAAGGAAGAAGCGCAAACGUUUUUUUCUCAUUCAACAUAUGAAAUUUUACAGGUGAACCAGGAGAUGAGAGAAAGAACGCAACCAGUGCUCGGCAACUAAGGAAUAUACGCAACGCAAGUUUUAGUAAUUUAGU